AUGAGUAACGGCACGCAGUUCUCUCCAACUAAACAGACUGAGCUUGAACAUUUCUGGUUUGAUUCAAGGAUCUGGAAUGACUUUCAAUAUCGCGAUGGUGAUAUCGUUAUUGACACGUUUCCAAAAUGUGGCACGACAUGGAUGCAACAAAUCAUUGCUCAAUUGAUAUUCAACGGAGUAGAAAACAUCCAAAUCAAUCGUAUUUCCCCAUGGCUUGACUUUCGUUUCAAUAAAGAUCUAUUCGGUUCAGACGAAAAGCUUCUGCAAGAACUCGAACAGCAAACACAUCGAAGGUUCAUUAAAACUCAUUUACCUUUCCAUGCACUAGUCUAUUCUCUGCAAGCCAAGUACAUUUUUGUCGCUCGAGAUGGUCGGGAUGUUGCAUGUAGUUCUUACAACCACCAAAUUAAUAUGACGGUUACAGAUUCAAAGAAACCGAAUUCAGUUCAUGAAGUUUUUCAGAAUGAAAUCUUGGGUAAUUCAAAUAUGUCCUUCUUUGCACAUUUGAGAUCAUGGUGGAACAUGCGCCAUUUAGCAAACAUACUUUUCAUUCAUUACUAUCAACUAAAAACAGACUUACCCAAUGAAAUCAAACGAAUUGCAACGUUUCUCGAUAUCGAUAUUGAUCCUUCGCGAUGGAAUGAUAUUUUACAACAUUGCUCGUUCGAUUAUAUGCAAGCAAAUGCUGAUAGAAUGGUGGACAAUACAAUGUAUGUCGGUGGUGCGAGAACAUUUUUCUGUAAAGGAACAAAUAAUCAAUGGAAAGGUAUCCUAACAGAUGAGGAUAGUACGAAUUAUCAAAAACGCGUUAGAGAAGAAUUAGAUGACGAAGGCGCUCGUUGGAUUCUGACGGGUGAAUUGACAGAAUGA